ACGGUGAUGGCGGCCACUGUCCUGUAGUGAGGUAGCGGAUUCUCUGCUGAUCUCGAGGAGCCUCUCGCGUUUUCUGCGGACUCAGCGGCCGGCGCGUGAAGAAGCACCGUGACCCGAGCUCUCGGGGAAGGCCGCGGACACAGCGGCGCGGCCCGGGUCGUGGGCUGGGGGAGAGGCUCCGCAGGGCGAAUGUGACAAACCCCCACCCCCACCGUCUUCCUCCCGAGAGCGCGAGCAGCCAACGCGGGCGACCCCGGGGCCGCCAGGCCACAGACCCCGCCCAGCGGCCAGCACCCGGCGCAGGCCCGGCAGCGGAGUUGCGGCGGCACCAUGCAGGUCACCCUGAAGACCCUCCAGCAGCAGACCUUCAAGAUCGACAUCGACCCGGAGGAGACGGUAAAAGCACUGAAAGAGAAGAUUGAAUCUGAAAAGGGGAAAGAUGCUUUUCCAGUGGCAGGUCAAAAAUUAAUUUAUGCAGGUAAAAUCCUCAAUGAUGAUACUGCUCUCAAAGAAUAUAAAAUUGAUGAGAAAAACUUCGUGGUGGUUAUGGUGACAAAACCCAAAGCAGUGACAACACCAGCACCAGCUACAACUCAGCAAUCCAGUCCUGCCACCACCACCGUGGUUAGUUCCUCCACAGCAACCGCUGUGGCUCCGGCCCCAACCCCUGCACCCGCUUUGGCUCCCACUUCCACACCUGCAUCCAUUGCUCCAGCAUCAACGACAGUGUCUUCUGAACCUGCACCUGCCAGUGCAACUCAGCAAGAGAAACCCAUAGAAAAGCCAGCAGAGACACCAGUGACUACUACCCCAACAUCAACUGACAGUACUUCAGGAGAUUCUUCUCGGUCAAACCUUUUUGAAGAUGCAACAAGUGCACUUGUGACAGGUCAGUCUUACGAGAAUAUGGUAACUGAGAUCAUGUCAAUGGGCUAUGAACGAGAGCAAGUAAUUGCAGCCCUGAGAGCCAGUUUCAACAACCCUGACAGAGCGGUGGAGUAUCUUUUAAUGGGAAUUCCUGGAGAUAGAGAAAGUCAGGCGGUGGUUGAGCCUCCCCAAGCAGCUAGUACCGGGGCUCCUCAGUCUUCAGCAGUGGCUGCAGCUGCAGCCACUACAACAGCAGCAACUACAACAGCAAGUUCUGGAGGACAUCCUCUUGAAUUUUUACGGAAUCAGCCUCAGUUUCAACAGAUGAGGCAAAUUAUUCAACAGAAUCCUUCCCUGCUUCCAGCAUUGCUACAGCAGAUAGGUCGAGAAAAUCCUCAAUUACUGCAGCAAAUUAGCCAACAUCAGGAGCAUUUUAUUCAGAUGCUAAAUGAACCAGUUCAAGAAGCUGGUGGUCAAGGAGGAGGUGGAGGUGGAGGUGGCAGUGGAGGAAUAACAGAAGCUGGAAGCGGACACAUGAACUACAUUCAAGUAACACCUCAGGAAAAAGAAGCUAUAGAAAGGUUAAAGGCAUUAGGAUUUCCGGAAGGACUUGUGAUACAAGCAUAUUUUGCGUGUGAGAAGAAUGAGAAUUUGGCUGCCAAUUUUCUUCUACAGCAGAACUUUGAUGAAGAUUGAAAGGGACUUUUUUGUAUGUCACACUUCACACCAGUGCAUUACACUAACUUUGUUCACUGGAUUGUCUGGGAUGACUUGGGCUCAUAUCCACAAUACUUGGUGUAUGGUAGUAGGUUGUUGGGGGUGGGAAGGGAGGGCUAGGACAUAGGUCAGGGAUAAAUACAGUGCAUGUCUGCUUCAAUUAGCAGAUGCCGCAAAUCCACAGUGUGUAAAAAUAUUAUACAACCAAAAAUCAGCUUUUGCAGGUCUUCAUUUCUUCUAAACAUUAGGUAACUUUUCCUAGGUUUCACUCUUUAGUGUACUAGAUCCAGAAAUUUAGUGUAAUGCCCUGCUUUAUAUUUCUUUGACUUAAUAUUGAUUUCAAAAAAAUCUUUGCUACCUAGAAUUUACAGUCUCUGUUUCGUGGCAACACUGGAUAAUGGAUUUUUGAAAUUGAAGAAAAAAUUGGAGCAACUGUAAACAUAAAUGCCAAAUUAUUGAUGGUUAUUGUUGCUGCUUCACAUAAGUAUAAAAUAUGUAAGGAAUCCCAUUCUUCAUGUUAAAUACUUAGGGUGGGGGAGGGUAGAAAGGGAAUUUUUUUCUUAAAAUGAAAAUAAUUACUGCUAUUUUAAAAUUUGAUUAUUGAAUGUGAGACCCUUCUAACAUGAUUUCAGAAGCUGUACAAGUAUAGGCAGAGUUAUUUUCCUGUUUACAUUUUUUGUUUGUUCUGGGGGAAAUUGGUAGGUGUCUUAAUUACUGUUUACUUCAUUGUUAUAUUGCAGUAAAAGAUUUAAAACAACCAUUGCAUGUUUGCUUUUGAUGUAUCCCUUUGUGAAGUUAGCACUUUUGGGGCCAAUGGAGAAAUGCAGCAUUCACUCUCCCUCCUUCUCUGCCUGUCCUCAGCAGAAAUGUGUUUAUCAGCAAGUCGUGAGUCAAACUGCUGCCUUUUUAAAGGGGAAAAAAAAAAAAACACAAAAUGCUGAU